UUUUUUAAUUUAGUAUCAGCAAAAAAGUUUCAUUAAAAUUUGUGGUUCCUCAUCCCUAGCAUCCCAUUCUUUUCAUUUUUAUGCGAUCAGAUUCAACAAUUUAAUUGAUAGUAAAUAAAUGUGGUUUCAAUUUAUGUAGGUUUGAAGGGGAAAUCGUGGGACGAUAGUUGGCAACAGUCGGCCAUCCCUACCAACGGCCCUUGAAGGCGGGACAAAACCUGAAUUAGUGAAUGCAUCAUUUAAAGAACAGGAGGUUUUCUAAUUUGAAAUUUGAACUUUUCAGUAUUAAAUUAAACCCUUCUUGCUGUAACUGUUAAAUCGGUGUUUCUUAUGUUAAACAAGUUUUUAUUGUUCAACUGAAUUUUAACUGAUUUCUCAUCUUUCGAGAAUGGAACUGGAAGACAGGGAGGAAGAGUAUGAAUGUCAAUUUUAUUGUUUUUCAACCAGCGACGUUGUCACACGAAUUACAAACUCAAUGGAUGUUAUCAUGGCAGGACUGAUAAAGAGCAUUUCGAAUAAGCUGACUAACAUUAUGACACAGGAGGAAAUUGAAAGUGCCAAGAGAUCAUUUCUUGCCUCUUACAACGAAUCGCUUGUACAGCACCAGGCCCAACUCAGGUCAAUUGUCAAGACAUUUUUGGGCAUAAAGAGCAACAUCUUAUUGGAACAGGACAGGUGUCAAUCAGUCCAAUAUACCCCAGAGUAUGAAAAACAGGUUGAACAGGAAGUUGAAAACAGCAAAUGCCAAUUGAGGGCUCUGGUGGUAUUGGAGAGCAGGUUGAGACAAUGUUUGAAAAACAUUCUUAAUGAAGAAACCUUGAUGAACAGCCUCAAAGCACAAUUUCAGCAUAUUGUCGAAUUAAGAGGUGGCUUGGAAUCAUUACAGGAGUCUACAGCAAAGUUGCCGCAAAUGGAAGAACUGUGCAAGACGUUGAAAGAAAAACUGGAUUUCUAAAAUGAUAAAUUCUCUUUGUAUUCAUUUUUAAUUAGUUAAUGUAUUAAUAAUUAAUAUAUUUUUUAUACAAAUUGUACAUUUUCCCUAUCAAAUAUUUACUAUGGCAUGUGAAAAAUACUGUUUUAAAUUUAAAAAAUCCAUACAAGUUUUAAUAAAUUUCCAAAAAGGUUGCUGAUUAAA